CGUUGCAAAAAAGUGAAGAAGUUUUAUCAUCUUGUCCAAUCUUCCUCGAUUCGUGAGCUGAAAAUCUCUCUUAUUGUUUGACAAAUGGGGUAUUAUUGAAGAUUCUGAUUUGAAACAGCUAUCAAGAUGAUUUGCAGUGGAGAAACGGAUUACCACUGUGUCUAUGGCUCCUGUGUCACCUAUUAUACCAGAUGUCCAGAAAUGGUCACAAAAAAGUGUCAGGGUCCCAAUGGGUACGAGUGCCCGGAAGGGAACUGCGUGUUCAGUGACAGGAGUUGCAGUAAGCAUACUACAAGAUCGCCGUCUAGUGAUGUACAUCAGUGUGGUCGCUGUCCGUCAUGUGGUGGAUUUCACGAAGAUUUGUGCCGUGUCAGUGAUGUCACGUGUCAAUUUCACGAUUUGUCACUUGUCGUGGUUUUGAUUAUAUUGGUUUCGACCAUGUGGCUACGUCAACAGUAUGGGAGACAGAUAUGAAGAGACUUGUCCGGACUACCGAGGCAAAUGUGUAAUCAAAUCAAUGGAGCAGACGUUUCAUUGUCCUGUUCUUUGUCGAGAAUAUACCUGCUCUGAUGGCCGAUGUGUCGAUGAUUACAGGGAAUGUGAGAAAUGUUUCAACAAAGAGACUUGUGACAAUGGGAACUGUUACUCACCCUGGGAGAGAUGUGACGGAUACAACUCGUGUGCUGAUUGGUCCGAUGAAAGGGAUUGCCCACUGAGACCAGGUGCUAUCUCGGCAGUGUGCGCUGCUUCGCUGGCUAUACUGCUAAUCCUGCUUGUGUUCUACUGGUGUUACCACAAGGGCAAGAAGCACAUUAAAUACGAUGUGGCCGGGGCACAUUUCCAGGAGGAGAAAGUCAUGUGCCCCUUUGAUGACGAUGACGUUAAAAUACUCAGUGCCGCGGGUUCAGCGACGAGUGUCAAUUCGCCACCAGAUCAUGGACACUUUGUGUUCACAACGAAUAUAACUGGCGAUCGACCAGAUUCGUUGGUGCCACUUUUGACAAAAGUCCGACAAUUCAGUUCGCCGAACGGUGCAAGGACUAUAGAUCUAGGAGAUGGACAGUCGCCCAUCAUGAUGGCACCUGCUAAGUCGCCAGUCGUGAUGUCACCAACUUAUGGAAAGCGUGUCGGUGCUAGCGCCAGUAGUGCCGAUGAUUCGCCCAUCAUGUUGGGCCCUUCGACUUCCGUGAAAUCCCACCAAGCGGCAUCCUCUAGUCAUGGAAUGCGAAUACGUGUUCUUGAAGAUAACCCCGCCAUGAUGUUCGCAGCAUCUUCAAGCGGAAUGUCUAAUUACGGAAUGCGAAUUCGUCUGCUGGAUGAAAAUACAUCCCGAGUUGUACCAUCAACUUCUUCUACAAAAUCACCCAUGACAAUGGCAUCAGCUCACGGAAUACAAAUGCGCCUUCUUGAUGAUGAUCCUCAUGUGAGGUCGCUGCCACGUGCGAGAUCUCCUGUGCCACCUUCAAGGUCGCCUGUUCCUCCUUCAAGGUCACCUGUUCCUCCUUCAAGGUCGCCUGUUCCUCCUAGGUCGCCUGUACCCCCUUCAAGGUCACCUGUACCCCCCGACAGAUCACCUGUUCCAUCUGCGAGGUCACCAAAUCAUGGGAUGCAAAUACGUCUUCUUGAUAAAAACCACCCAGGAAGGCCAUUACCAUCUUCUGCACAAGCGUCCUCGGAUGAAGAUUACGAGGUGGAGAGUCGUUUCAUUGAUAAGGACGAGUCUAUGAGGUCGCUCCCUGGUGCAAUGUCGCCUAUUGACGUAGCAUCAAAUCACGAGUUACAAAUCGGUCUUCUUGAUGAAAACCACCCGGGGCGGCGGACACCAUCAUCUGUGAGGUCGCCCCAGGACGUUGCAUCAAAUUAUGACGCGCAGAUACGUCUUCUUGAUGAAAACCACCCAGGGCGGUGGACACCAUCAUCUGUGAGGUCGCCCCAGGACGUUGCAUCAAAUUAUGACGCGCAGAUACGUCUUCUUGAUGAAAACCACCAAGGGCGGUGGACACCAUCAUCUGUGAGGUCGCCCCAGGACGUUGCAUCAAAUUAUGACGCGCAGAUACGUCUUCUUGAUGAAAACCACCAAGGGCGGCGGACACCAUCAUCUGUGAGGUCGCCCCAGGACGUUGCAUCAAAUCAUGACAUGCAGAUACGUCUUCUUGAUGAAAACCACCCAGGGCGGCGGACACCAUCAUCUGUGAGGUCGCCCCAGGACGUUGCAUCAAAUCAUGACAUGCAGAUACGUCUUCUUGAUGAAAACCACCCAGGGCGGCGGACACCAUCAUCUGUGAGGUCGCCCCAGAACGACGCAUCAGAUCAUGAUGAAAACCUGCCUCAGUGGCAGGUACAGUCUACUGCAAAAUCACCAGUUAGUACUUCUUCGGGUUUUGUUUUACCUGCACGGUCGAAAUCGCCACCAAUAACGGUUGGAAUGGCUCAUGAUAUGCGUAUGGGCAAUUACGAUGAUGCUCAAAUCUUGAUACCGCCGGUACAUAUGAAACCGCAAGUCUUCUCAUCACAGAUUUAUGGGACCACUCAUGGGAUACGUAUGGGGACUUAUGGUGAUGGUCCAUUCUCGGGCCAGACAAAACCACUAGUCUCCCCCUCACAGAUAUAUGGGACAAUUUACGGGAUGCGUACAGGGAGUUAUGGUGACCCACCAAUUCUAAUUCCACCAAUACAAACCAAACCGCCAGUCUCUUCAUCACAGAUUUAUGGAACCCGCGUUUGUGACCAGUUCUCUCCCAUACCUGAAUCGCCGUCGCCUGUAAAUACUCCUGUGACAUUAGCACCGCCUUCAGACUCAUCGUCAAGUGAAGAGGAUUCGGAUUCGGAUGCCGCCGAAGAAGGCCGAUCGGCGAAUAAUUCUGGAAAUGCUGCAAUGUCAAUAGCACCAACUUCUAUAGAACUGACACAAGCAAAUACUUCUGGAAAUACGUUGACGUCAGUUGCACCAACUUCUAUCUUGAACAUGAGAGGAAGGAGUCCCAUCAUGGUGGCGCCAAUAAAAAGCAUGCCUGACCCGGAAAGGGAGUCUCCUAAAGGGGUUUCCUCAACAUUGGCCAAGUCAUCAGCAUCAGUUGUACCGACUUCGACUAUAUUGAUGACAAAGGGGAAAUCUUCGAUAGUAGUUGCACCAACGAAUGGGAUACGCGUAGGUGACGGUAAGGGUGACUCUCCAAUCUUGUUGUCACAGAUAGGUGAGAAGAGUCCUAUAUCUGCUACGCCGAUGCCCAUGAAAUCCACCAUGGCGGUUGCGCCAUCUUAUGGCCAGCGUAUGAAUGAGUCCAACCCUCCGAAAACAGAGACAUCUGUGGGAACACAACCAACGAAAUUGGUAUCUCCAACAUCCUCAAAAACAUCCAUUUCGACAACGCCAACACCGAUUUUGAUUACGAGGACAAAAUCGGCCCCCGAAGCACCGUCGACUAAAUUGGUAUCACCGACUAGUGGGAAGAUGCAAGAUGGAGUUUGGAUAAAACAUUUAGACCAGCCCAGGAAGAAGUCGUACCCAACCAUUCCGAGAGAGAGAGAAUAUAUCGAAGAGAGGACUAGUCAAGUUUGAGGAUUCGGUGGCAAGGUGGUUAAAAUUGUUCUGAGAGAUGACGUCAAGACGAGGACAUGCGAGUUCGAGGAGAAGGAUGCAAGAAUGUUAUCAUUUGUUGAUUUAUUGUUGUGAGCAAGUUGUUGAGAAUGAUGGAUCUUGUGCCAAGGACUUUGGUGCUGAAGGACUGUAGGUAAAGUCGAAUGAUUGUAGUUAGUGUUCAGUUCAAAGGAGCACUGGGACUUAAGAGUUCAGUAAAGCAGACAGAACAAGUGUGUCGAGAACGGCUGGAGGAUCUCUGCAGGUUCUUUAGAGCUUGUGCAGUGAGGUCAGUUUUGACUGGCAGUCCGCCCUGCCCUGCUGGCAUGAUGCUUCAACUUGUGGUACACCACACCUUUUUGCAUUUUGAAUGAAUUAUUGGUCCUAGAAUUGACCACACGUCUAUUACUGUAAGCCGGGAAAUUUUUGUGAGCAGUUUAUUCUCGUGAAUGCAUCAUCAAAUGUGAAGUUUAAAAGCGUGAAGAUUUUAGCCCUAAUCCAUUAACCAUCGAAUUUCGGCAGGAAAUGCGAUAUUUUGUCUAUCUUCAAGUAAAAAUGAGCAAAUUCGCCAACUUUUUGCGUUGCAAAGAUUUCACGGUUAACAGAAGAAAAAUUGUUUAUUUGUGGUGUUCGUCCUGUUGUGAGAGCCAGAAGUCGACUGCGUUGUGGAAAUUUUUUGUUGUCCAAAAUUUGCUCUAUAUUUCUUGCUGUAUUUUGCUCUAAUGUGACUUUUUAUCAGGUAUACAUAUGACAUUGUAAAUAUAUUCUUCUGUAAUCUUUUCUGCAGUCACCUGAUGACUACCAAUUUGACCCCCUAGUUCCUGCCUACAGUGUCCUUUUAAACUUUCAAUAACAUAGACUUUACGAGCCAGAUGGGGGCAAUGUGAGACCACAGUUGGCUUCCACCCAGAACUGAGAGUACACUCGCUGACUUGUUCAUUAAAGGUCUACACCAUUUUCCCGGUAAAUAGAAAUUGUCAUCAUGCAGUUAUUAUGCACACAAUUUCACUGUAACUUGGUAGUUCUAAUGUUUCUGUAGGUCUGUCUCAUUAUAGAACGUUAGGGACAGACGGGAACCUAAGAAGUACCUAAUUCAACGUACCAUGCUUGUUAACUUUGAUGCUAUUGGUUACACGAGCAUUACCACCAGGGCUGCGCUGCUGUGAUGAAUACAUAUGUAAGGUCCUUCUUCUGAUUGGUGGUCACCAAAGCACAUUAGGAACGCCCACCUAUACAUACAAUAGCUUUUUGACAACGUGCGUUGGUUAACUGUCAAUGAAGGGAAAUCGAUGUUACCGAUGUUACCGAAUAGGCCUUGUUAUAGACAAGCGGUCAAUUAUUGAUAAAAGCCUGGUUGGCUCGUAUUAACCAAAUUGAGUGUCUUUUUUUAUCUAAGUAGUUACUAUGCAAAA